GCGGGGGACAUUAUAUACCGUCUGCAGAUCGUUGGCGAUAAGUCGAUUUUAUAAAAGCCUUCGUUUGCAGCGAAUCUCACACCAGAAGAUCUGCCAAGAUGUUCAAGUCCAGUGCUGUAGUCGUUUGCCUCUGUUUGGCCGUGGCCACCGCCACUCCCCUACCAAAAACCCAAGAACCGGAAGGUCUUAUCGCCGGGGGUAUCGACGCCGAGGAAGGACAAUUCCCCUACCAGGUUUCCCUUCGCACCACAUCGAAUAAUGCUCACUUCUGCGGUGGCUCCGUCCUGAACAACCGCUGGAUCAUCACUGCUGGAUCGUGCGCUCAGGGUAAGGAGCCGGCCGGAGUGAGUGUCAUGGCCGGAAGCAAGAGUCUGACUCGCGGUGGAUCGAUCCACGCGGUUGACCGCAUCAUCGUUCACCCGAACUUCGAUGUCAACACUCUGACCAACGAUGUUGCCGUUAUGCGAGUUCGUAACCCGUUCAUGCUGAGCCCGGAUAUCAUGGCCGUGCAGAUGUCCAGUGAGUUCGUGUCUAUCGCCUACGGAGCUCUGCUGUCCGGAUGGGGACGUCGCACAAUGGACAACCCGAACUUCCCCGAUUGGCUGCAGUACGUUCCGGUGAACAUCAUCACCAAUACUGAAUGUCGCGUGCGCUUCGAAGCCCCGUACGAUCAGCGUAUCACCGACAACACGAUCUGCACGUCCGCUGCAUUUGGUCGUGGUGCUUGCCUGGGAGAUGCCGGAGGUCCAGUACUGCACGGAGGUGAACUGCAGGGUGUGGUGUCCUGGGGCAUUCCUUGUGGUCUGGGCUACCCAGAUGUGCAUGCUCGUGUUUCCGUCCACAGGCCAUGGGUUCUGGUGCACACUAUGGUGUAAGUUCCUUUGUUUAAGACGAAAAUUUUGCGGAGAAUAAAAAUGCGUAAGUGUA